CUUUAAGUCCGUAAAUUAAUAAUAUUAAUAAUCUCAAAAAAAAAAAAAAAUGAAUUUUAAAAUCAUAAUUUUGGUUUUUACAGCUGUAUUUUUCAUUAUAAUGUCGGCGUGUACAGGUCACCCGGGAGGAGGCACCCGCCCCGUUGUGAACGAAAAAAAAACAAUUAACAGACCACUCUUGGCGGUCGCACCGCUAGCACAAUAUCCACCAGCACCACCACCACAACAAAAUCCAGCACCACCACCACCACGACAAGUUCCAGUACCACGACCACCACAACGACAAAAUCCACCACCACGACCAUAAAAGUACAAUUCAAUAUGUAAUUUUAUCAUUCGUUUUUCAAACGACUAAAUUAAUGGUGAAAAUGUUGAAUUAUUAAAUUUUUCAAUUUUUUAUAACCGAUUUUUUUACAUAAAAUAGUUUGAUAUUUUAAAAUCACAAUUUUUUCGAAAUUGAAACAACGGAUACU